UGUGUCGAUCAGACGAACUAAAGUCUCUGGGAUCACUGCGAAAGAAUCAAUUAAAGAUAUUCUUGUCUGAUCAGUAUAAUCGAACACGUGCUAUUCGGUAAAAAUUGUAAACGUUUAUAUUCGUUGAUUAACAAUGAAUGGCAUUAUGAAAUCGAAUAAAAAAACACCCCUACGAAAAAGAAAACUCGAAAAGAAAUCUGAUACGUGUAAAAGUAAAAAAUUAAAAAAGAAAAAUCGAAAUCCUAUUGAUAUGAAUAAAACUGAGGAAGUGAAUGAAAAUACACUUAGUUUACCUCAAUGUGGUUUUUACUGGGAUUCACUGUCAGACUUAAAAUUAAAAGCAGAUAUUGAAACAUCUAGCGACAGCGAGGACGACACAGAGAAACAAAAAACAUCAAAAGUGAAAAAAUUAAAUGCUGCCCAGCGUAGGGAACAAGAACGACAAAAGGAACGUGAAAUAAGAGCACGUGAGGAAGCUUUAGCAAGCAAUCAAAUGCCUAAUUCAGUUGAUCAGUUUGAUAGAUUAGUAUUAGCAAGUCCAGAUAGCUCGUUGGUUUGGUUGCAAUAUAUGGCUUAUCAUUUGCAAGCAACAGAAGUCGAAAAAGCAAGAGCUGUUGCUAAAAGAGCUAUUAAAACAAUUAAUUUUAGGGAAGAAAAUGAGAAAUUAAAUGUAUGGAAUGCAUGGUUGAAUUUAGAAUCCAAGUUUGGUACAUCUGAAACUCUCAAUGACGUUUUCCAAGAAGCUGUAAAAAGCAACGAUGCUUUGAAAAUUUAUACGCACAUGUUAACGGUACAUGUUGAAUCAAAACGUCAAUUUGAAUUACAAAAAUUAGUUAAUACUUUUAUAGUAAAAUUUAAACAAAAUCCACAAGUAUGGGUGGAAUGCGGCAGUGCAUUAUUAAAACUUGGUUUGAAAGAUAAGUCUAGACAAAUAAUGCAACGAGCAUUACAAUCUUUACAGCCUUCGGAACAUGUCAACAUUAUGGUACGUUUUGCGAAUCUUGAAAAUCAAUUUGGAGACAAGGAAAGAUCGCAAACGUUGUUCGAGCAAAUUUUAAGCUCAUAUCCCAAACGCGUAGACAUAUGGUCAUCAUAUGUAGAUUCGUUGGUAAAGUCAGGAGAAAUUUUAAUUGCAAGGAAAGUUUUAGAAAGGGCAAUCGUCCAAAAAUUACCACCUAAAAAAAUGAAAACACUUUUUAAGAAAUUUAUUUCCUUCGAAGAAAAACAUGGCACCUCAGAAGACGUGCAGCGUGUACAACGUAUUGCUACAGAAUAUAUAGAAAAUCAAUGUAAUGAACGUAUAAAUUAAUUAUUAUAAGUUUAUAAUAUUAUUCUAAUAUAAU